CUGGCUCAUUACAAUAAAUAUUAUAUUAUUUUACAUUUACGCGUGUAACACAAUACCAGAGUGUUAUUAUACCGUCGUCAAAAUAAUUGUCGUUAGUUGUAAAUAAUUAGAUAAUCGACAAUGACUAAUGUCGUAGUCGACCUAUUCGUGUUUUAUGGCCCAUAGUUGGUUUCCUACAUUCCUACACGUCGCUUUGGGUGUUUGUUAUGGAGCAAAAUGAAAGACAUCCUCGACCUGUUGACAGAUGACAGGAUUGUUUACUAUGGCGUAGUGACCAUUAGCUGUGUACUUCUGUUCAAUCUGUUUGUUUGGGGAUGUUUGAGUUUCAUUAUUGUUAUUAUUGCAAUUGGUUGUGGAUAUUACAUGUUUGAUUAUGCCUUUAAAAACCAAAAUUUAAAUACCAGUUUUGUGUCAAAGAAUAAAUUUGAUAAGACUUAUAAAUAUAAAUGUAAUAAUUGCAAAAACUGUAAUUCAUGUGACCUACAUUUAAAAUGUCUAAAUCAAGAAACACCAUGGAAAGGAUUAUUAAUACCAGAACAAAUUGACUCUUCAAUAGAUAAAUUAUUAUCAAAAAUCAUAAAGGUAUAUGUAGAAAGUUGGUAUGAAAAUAUUUCAAAUGACCCACAUUUUGUAAAAGAAAUUAAGCAAGUUAUACGAUUUGCAACAAGUGUAUUGCUUAAAAGAUUAUUACAAUUGAAUUUAGAAGAUAUUGUGCUGUGUAAAGUAAUUCCAAUAUGUUUAUCACAUAUAAGACACUGCCAACAAAUGGAAAAGGGUGAAAAAAUUUCAUAUCAUUAUGCUGUCAGUAAUCGCAAAGUUGAGAUUUUGUAUCUUAAAAAAGUAUCUUCGAGUUUAUUGCCAUUUUUAACACGACAAACCGAUCUUCAAUGCAUGAUAUUUUAUACUUUAGUGCGAGAACUUCUUUCACUUUGGGUAUUAUUACCAAUAUCAGAUGUAAUAUGUAGUCCGGCCAACAUUAAUAUUGUUUGGUCAAAAUUAUCCAAAUCAUCAGUUAUUAAUUCAACAACUACAAUAUGCAAAGAUGAACAAGUUGAAUUUUUAUCAAAAUUUAUUGGUGAAAAUCAACAUGAUACCAUACAACUUGAAAUGCGUAGUAUAUUCAAAGACCCGACAAUUUUAUCUGCAUUUACAGUUUUUUUGAAACGAAAAGGUGCUGUGCAUUUGUUGCAAUUCUGUUUAGAUGUUGAUCAGUUUAAUAAGCGCAUGUUAAGACCAGAAAUUUCAUCUCAAGAACUUGAUAUGCUCUAUCGAGAUGCUUGGGAUAUAUUUUCUGUAUAUUUUAGUUCUCAUUCACCAGAUUGCAUAAGCUUUGAUCCUGAGCUAGUAAGUCAACUAAGAAAAGUUUUAUCCAAAGAUGUUAUUAAACUUCAAAAUUCAAAACCACUAUACCAAGCUUAUGAACAAACAUAUUCUACCUUACAAAAUACUUACUGGGUAGAGUUUCAUAAUUCUGAUGAAUAUUUUUCUUGGAUAUGUGGACCACGUAAUAUUCCAGAUAUUAGUUCAUCAAAAGAAUCUUUGUCGAAUAAUGAAAAAAAAAAUAAUGCUUCUAAGCUAAGUCGCAAAUUAAAUAGGAUUAAAGGAGCUAUGAAGUCAAGUACUAUACAUGAUGGUCAAUUUGAUUCUUUAUCUUCUGAAUGUGAUCCAGAAUAUGGAGAAGAUUUAUCUGUUGAUAAUGAAAUCAUUAAUAGUGAAAGAGAUUUAAGCACUUGGAAGGUAACUGAUGUUACAUCAGCUAUGAAAUUAGAAUCUGGAUCCAAUGGUGGUCAAUCAUUGGUAUUUUUUAUUACAGUAGAGACAGUUAAAAAUGAUUCAAUCAAACAAUGGUGUGUAGAAAGAAGACUUGCUGACUUUUAUACUUUAAAAUCAAAACUUACUGAAUUCCAUGGAGUAUUUGUGGAUGCUCGAUUACCUUCAAGAAGAAUUUUAUUACAAAAAACAGAAAAUAAUGAUAUUUAUGUGCAGUUUCUCAAUCAACUGCUACAAAAACCUGAACUUAAGGGAUCUGAUUUAUUGCAUAUGUUUUUAACAUCCAUGGACAAUUUUGAAGAUUCUGAAUCAGCCAUUGGGAGAUUGUUGAGGAAAUCUAUGCCAAUGGCUUUAAGAAAAGAACGUGGACAAAAUUUAGAAUCAUUCAUUUCUGUAUUUAUGGCUUCAGUUGAAACAAAAUUAAAACAAAGGUAUGAGUGGAAAGAUUUAAGUGAAAAUCUUCUCGAAAAAAAAUUUAAAAUCGCUGAAAAUCCAAUUUUUGGUAAUAACUUAAAUAUAAUUGAAGAUGAAAACCAAACACCUUUAGAAGAAAUAUCAAAUCAAAUAAAAUUUCCCUGUGGUCCAAUUAACUGCAUUAUUUUUUUUGGAGUACAUGUAUACAAUAUGUCAAAUUCUGUUGUUCAAUUAAUUUUGGCCAUACAAUCUAUGUGUGGUAAUAUUGUUGAUUCUAUUAUACAACGCUACAUCAGUCUUCGUAUUGUAAAAUCAAUUACACCUUCUAAAAUAUCAAACUUAAUUGAACUGCUAGAAAAUCUUCUAUUUCCUGGAGAUGAUGCACCACAAAAGACUGAUCAUCAAAUUUCAGUUGAACAUUUAAAUUUAUUGAAUAAUUCAGUUUUUUCUCCACUGCUUAUGUGUUUGUUUCAUUGUACACAAAAUUCAGUGAUGAAUAAACAAUUAUUCUAUAGACUUUUAGAUGUUUUACUAGCAGAAAUGUUUCCAGAACUACGAACACAACUUAACGAACAAUCAUGAUGAUAAAAUUUCAUUGCUGUGAUAAUAUUGAGUGAUACAUUCCUUAAUAUCAAAAUAAGGUAUUUAAUUUAGAUGCUUUAUAGUUGUUUAAUUUAUUUAAAAACCUAAUUACUUGAAAAUUCCAUGCU